AAUUCCGAAACGCCGUGCCCCGGAACUACUUUUUAGUGUUGAUGACGAGACGCUAGCAUUUUCCAUUCGUACAGUCCGGACGCUAACAGCAAUGUGUAUUUUUUUUAUUAGCUUAGCUAAUUAUCAUUUGGACAGAAGUAACCCAGUUGUAGCAGUGAAUUGUCAUAUAGCGUCGAAUAGUGAAUAUUAGCUACAUCUACCCGGUCUUUGAGAGGAUAACCUUCCUGUCAUGUUUGGGAGAGAGGCGGAGGUCAGGCGCGCGGGCUGUCAACAAUGUCCAGCUGAAAAAACGCAACUGGGUCUCCAACUUUCUCGUUAAGACCAAGCUGAAUCAUGCCGGGGAAGCUGAAAGCGAAGAUUGUGGCAGGGCGCCACUUACCUGUCAUGGACAGAGCCAGCGACCUCACUGAUGCCUUUGUAGAGGUCAAGUUUGGCAACACAACUUUCAAAACGGACGUCUUCCCCAAGUCACUUAACCCACAGUGGAACUCGGAGUGGUUCAAAUUUGAGGUGGAUGAUGAGGACUUGCAGGAUGAGCCGUUACAAAUCACAGUGUUGGACCAUGACACUUACAGUGCCAACGAUGCAAUAGGGAAGGUCUACAUUGACAUCGACCCUCUGCUCUCCUGCGAGGCUGCUACUGUCAUUUCUGGAUGGUUACCCAUCUACGACACUAUACACGGUAUCAGAGGGGAGAUUAAUGUUCUGGUGAAGGUGGACCUCUUCAAUGACCUGAACCGCUUCAGACAGUCCUCUUGUGGUGUCAAAUUCUUCUGCACAACGUCCAUCCCGAGGUGUUACCGCGUGGCGCUGGUCCAUGGCUUUGUUGAGGAGCUGGUGGUGAACGAGGACCCAGAGUACCAGUGGAUUGACCGCAUCAGAACCCCCAGAGCUUCAAACGAGGCCCGGCAGAGACUCAUCUCUCUCAUGUCUGGUGAGCUGCAGAGGAAGAUAGGUCUGAAAGUGUUGGAGAUGGGUGGUAAUGCGGUGGUGGGGUACCUGCAGUGCUUUGAUCUGGAGGGAGAGUCAGGUCUGGUGGUCCGAGCCAUCGGCACCGCCUGCACUCUGGACAAACUCAGCCCUGGGACGGCUCCCAACACUACCACACACACCAACACACACACACUCCCCAACACCGCCCCCACAUCCAAUGCCUGCAACUCUCCUUCCAAGGACAGCAAAGAGCCCGUGUUCAGUGAGGACCCCCCCCAUUCCCUCUCCGGCCCCCCCACGCCUCUCAGAACCCUUCCUUCCUCCUCUCCUCCUCCCUUCUCUCCAUCCAAGCCAUGCAGUCGCCAGUCCUCCUCCUCAGACACAGACCUCAGUCUGACGCCCAGGAUUGAGAGGUUUGUGUCUAGUCCUGGGGUCUUCCUCUGUCCCAGUUCCCCCACCCUCUCCUUCGAUUCCCCGUCCCUUCCUUCCUCUGGGCUAAUCCUGUGCAGCAUUGGGUCUGCCCUCAGAGCCUACACCCCACCCCCUCUCCCCUCUGUCCAAUCAGAGGGGUCUGUGUUGAGAAAGACUGUAUCAUUCAGUGAAGAGCUGAUGCUGGCGGCCUCCGGGAUGGGGAGUGGGGGCAGCGUUGGAAAAGAGGCUGGGCCUCUGAAGACCCUCCUCAGACAACAUACCCAAUCAGCUCUGGAGCAGAGGGAGUUCCCCAUCUUCACGUUGACCUGUUUCCCCCCUGGCUUCUUGGUUCACGUCGGGGGCGUGGUCAGCACCCGCUCGGUCAAGCUGCUUGACCGCAUACACAACCCCGACGAGCCGGAGACGAGGGACGCGUGGUGGGAGGAGAUUCGUCAGGAGAUCAAGUCUCAUGCAAAAGCCCUGGGUUGCCACGCUGUGGUGGGAUACAGCGAGAGCACCAGCAUCUGUGAGGAGGUGUGUAUCCUGUCUGCAUCUGGCACAGCGGCCAUGUUGAAUCCCAGAUUCAUGCGUGAGGGCUGUCUGGACACCGGCGGCAGCGACCACAGGUUAUCUCGACAACCACACCCCGGCAUGGUGGGGUCGGAGAGGGGCGAGGGGGAAGUUAGCUCAACCUGGCUGGGGUUUGAGGAUGCGUCGCCCCCUAGCUGCGGGUUUGUUCACAUCCCGUAUGAUGAGUUCAACAUGCCGUUCCCAGCUCAGCUUACAUACUGCUACCACUGUAGGAGACAGAAGGUCCCUGAUGUGCUCUUUACUACCAUAGACCUACCUGCUGAGGCUGAGGUUACUGGGAAGGGCUGCCUCAUACAGGCCAGGUUGUGUCGAACGAAGAAGAAGGCCCAAGGGGAGGUGAAUGCUACAUCCAUCUCUAACCUCCUCCCCUUCAUGGAGUAUGAGCUCCACACACAGCUGAUGAACAAACUCAAACUGCGCUCCAUGAAUGCUCUGUUUGGACUCCGCAUUCAGAUCAGUGUGGGAGAAAACAUGCUCCUGGGACUAGCUUCUGCAACGGGUGUGUACCUGUCAGCGCUGCCAGCUCCAAGUGGUAUCCAGAUAGCUGGAAAGACCCCCAGUGACCUGAGCUACGACCAACACAUCUCCACCAUGCAGAAACGCAUCGAUGACACCAUCGCCAAGAACAAGGAGCUCUACAACAUACACCCCCCGAAGUUAUUUACGUUGGACCCUGAGGCAUUCACCGGCCUGAAUACGGAGUGUAUAGAGGAGGUGGUGGGGUCUCCUAUCCCUGACAGACAGCGGUCCAGCAGACUGUUCAGGUCUACCUCUGAGAGUUCAGAUGAGCUGUCCGAACUAGACCUGUCCCAUGGCAAGAAGGAUGCCUUUGUACUGGAGAUUGAUGACACUGAUGCAGUAGAGGACAUCCAAUCCCUACUUACUGAUGCCCCCAUACCUGCAGGGUUCUACAGCUGUAACACGGAGGUCAUGCCUGGGAUUCACAACUGGACUUCAGGACUACAGAUGUUUACAUCUGUCCGGGUCUACAGACUCAGUAAUGCCAAUCUGACCAACCAGGGCCUGAACAAGAUCUUUACUGAACUCUGUGAGAACUUGCUCAAAAGUCUAUACUUUAAGCUGCGUUCCAUGAUCCCAUGCUGUCUUUGCCAUCUCAACUUCACUGUAGCCGUACCAGAAGAAGAACUCAUACAGGUGGCGGUGACAGCCGUAGCCAUGAGUUUUGAUAAGGAGACUCAGCAGGCAGCAGACAAGGCUCUCACCAGGGGGAGUGGUGAGAAUGAGGAACAGCUCCAGUUUUCUAUGGAGCUGUGUGGAGAGUCAACCAUCUCCAACAACCAGCCUACUGCCAAACCUUCAGGUGUUCCUGAGAGUGCCAUGGUCCACUCGUCUCGAGCUCCCUCGGUUGAUUACGGUUCCUUUGCAGACAGAUGCAGCACCUGGCUAGAGCUGCUUAGGCUGAAAGCUCACACCAUAAGACGAGGAUCAGUUAAGACAAUCUCGUCUUCAGAGCGCUGCAGUCCUCUCCCAGAGGGGCGGUCCCGGUCGCUACGCUCCACCAGGUCGUUGCCGUGCAGUGCCCCUGUUACUGUGGUGAAGAUGACUCCUCUGUCCUUCCUUCCCGGGACGCGCAUUGUGAAAUACUUGGGAAUCAUCAACAUGUUCUUCAUUAGGGAGACCACGUCACUACGAGAGGAGGGGGGUGUAAGUGGCUUCCUCCAUUCCUUCAUAGCGGAGGUGUUUGCCAUGGUCCGUGCCCAUGUAGCAGCUCUGGGGGGAAAUGCCUUAGUGUCAUACAGCAUGAAGGAGUGUGUCUUCAUGGAAAACCCCAACAAGAACCAGGCUCAGUGUCUGAUUAAUGUUAGUGGUGAUGCUGUUAUCUUCAUCAGAGAAUCAGACCAAGAGUCCAUACCACCUCUGUUGACCAGCAGACAGACCAGCAGCACUGGGGCUGACGGGACCACUUGACACACAAUUGAGUCUAGCCAUCCAAAUAAUCGUGAUUUGUGUCUGCCUUAAACAGAUGGAAUGUCUUACGGUUAGUUAGGACCCCACAAAUUACACAUGCAAACAAACAUGCAGUUGACAAGUUGGAGAAAUUGUCUCUCAUUGUCCAUUGAGAUACUCUACAGAAGCCAUUUAGAGAGGCAGUCUGUCAUUUCUCUCUCUGUUGUUGAUAUAAUAGACAUUCCAAAACAUGGUGAAGCUUUAUGCAGCUAAUAGACCUAUCCCUCUCCAUCCAGUCUCAUCAGUCACUAGCCGGCCAUGCUAGAGCGGACAAGGUAUUCAUUAAUAGACAGCUCCGUACAGGGUUAUAGAUGGCCAUGGUAGAGAGAACUAAAUUGUAGAAAUAAGUGUUUUAAUUGUCUGUCAGGUGAUAUUUGGGCUAACACACGCCCUGUGGACAGCCUCCUGCCAUCUUCCUGGCUCCAUACUACUGAACUCUCCUGUCUUUAACGAUCAUGUAAAUGCUGGAAAACAAACUAAUUGCAAUGACACAUUUUUGUUAAUUGUUUAGAUGCCACUUUUGUUUGUAAAUGUGCGCUACAAUCAGAUUUGUGUAUUUUUAUAAUGUAAAAUUAUAUUUGUCAAGUCUAAUGAAAUUCUGGAAGUUUGAUUUAUAUGGUGUAAGAGAAGUAAGGGUACAGUGAUCUGUUCUACUGUUAAUGAAUAUAACCUGUCUCUCUUUCGCUGUAGGACUUGAAUGUACGUACAUACAUAGACUGUGUUGCUUAGUGUCUGCAUGUAUCUGUUAUUGCCAUGACUGUCUGUCUGCUCGUUGCCUGAUGAUCCGUCCUGCACAAUAAACUAAGCUAGUCCUGUU